GUCAAAUGGCCCCCAGUGGGGGAGGGGGUGAGGAGGCCUUUCCUCUUGGCUUGAACUCGGCUGACCUGUCUGCGGUUCCCUCCUCCAGCCUGGUGUAGGGUCUCUGGCUGAAGUCCUCGGGGCCGCUGCCUGAAGAUGACCUCCGUGGACCGGCCCAGCCCCAGGGCUGCCCUGGAAGGAACUUCGCCUCUUCCUGGGAUUUUUACCGCCAAGAGCUCCCCAGCCCCCAGUUCCCAGGGCCUCCUCAGCCAGGUCAAGCAGUUCUCCAGGUGUCCCCCACUUUUGGCUGCAAAGCUGGAGAGCAUUUGUUCCUCGCUUCAGAGGGUGCAGGAGGAUCUUGAAGGCCACCAGAAGCAGAUAGGCAGCGUCUUGCAGAUCGUGGAGAGCUGUGGCGAGCUCCAGGGCUUGCUGACCGUGGGGGUGGCCCAGAUCCCACCUGCCUCGCCCACCAGCCCGGACGUCCGCCCUCGCCCGGAGGCCAGGUCCCCGCAGGAGCGGGACUUCAGAGAGGUCCUGGCCGCGAGGUCGUCCGACUGGCUCUGGUGGCCCUUCGGAGCAGGACCCCAGCCGGAAACGCCGACGUCCUGGGACCCUCAACCCCGGUUUUGGCAAGAUGUUCUGACCGAGCAACUCUGGCAGGUUUUUGCCGGUGUCCACAGUGAGCUCAAAGACCUGGGACACAAACUGACAGAGCGGGCGCCAGGGCUGGAAAGCGAGGCCCGGGGUUCGGAUGAGUCGGAAACAGAGCCGGGUCCGGAAGACGCCUCCAGUCCCCGAGCCCUCGGACUGCCCACGACCUCCGCCGGGCCCCCAGACAGGAGCAGCGGCUGUGGUGUGGCCCAGGAGCCUGUUGGGAGACCCUUUUCGUUUCUGAAGCCCAUAUGCUGGGAUCCAGAGGACUUCGACGACUCGUGGAAGAGGCCGGACACCGCGCCCGGGCAGUCGUGGCGGCUGGCCGUGCCCUACGAGCUGGAGAAGAUGCGCGUGCUGGCGCACGGGGAGUCCGUGCUGGCCGUGGCCGUCAGCAGCUUCACGCGCCACGCGUUCACCUGCAGCAGGGCCGGCGUCAAGGUGUGGAGCCUGACCGGCCAGGUGGCCAAGGACAGGUUCCCCGAGGCCCACCUGCCCGUCCAGACGCCCGGGGCCUACCUGCGCACCUGCCUGCUCUCGGCCAACAGCAGGACGCUGUUCACGGGCGGCUACAACCUGGCCGGCGUGAGCGUGUGGGACCUGGUGGCGCCCUCGCUGCACGUGAAGGGCGAGCUGCCCUGCGCGGGCCUCGCCUGCCAGGCGCUGGCCGCCAGCCCCGACGACAACCUGGCCAUCAGCGGCUUCAGCAGCGGCACCGUGCGGGUCUGGGACCUGCGGGAUCACAGCGUGGUCAGGGACUUGACGGGCCACCCAAACGGAGUCAAGAGCAUCGCGGUCAAAGACCACAACAUCUGGGCGGGGGGCCUGGAUGCCUGUCUGCGGUGCUGGGACCAGCGGAUGGGCAAGAAGCCCCUGGAGUACCUAUUCGAGUCUCAGAUCAUGAGCCUGUCUCACAGCCCUAAGGAAGACUGGGUGCUGCUGGGCCUGGCCAACGGGCAGCAGUGGCUGCAGGACACCCGUGGGGGCGAGUCGCACAUGGUGGGGUCCAAUGGUGGCACCAUCUUGGGCCUUAAGUUCUCCCCCUUUGGCCGCUGGUGGGUGAGCGUGGGCAUGGAGGACGUCAGCAUCCACAGCAUGCCCACCGGGGCCAAGGUGUUCCAGGUGCCCGAGACCUCCCCCGUCAUGUGUUGCGACGUGUCUUCCAACAACCGACUGGUCGUCAUGGGCUGCGGGGACCAGGCGCUGGUGUACCAGGUCACCUACUGAGCGGCCUCCCGCCCGGCUCUUCUCCCCCCCCCCAGGAGGGCAGCGGUGGAGGGGACGGGAAGGGUCUCCCGGGGCACCGCGAGAUGGAGCCGGCCGUCUGUGGGCUCUGGUCUUUGUCACGGGUAAUAAAGCAACAGGGAAAAGCAGCGUAGGUGUGCCCUGUCCUUUG